UGGAUAUAAAAAUAUUUAUGACUCUUAAAACAAGAAUCUUUUUCUUCAAAUUACCCAUAAUCCUAAAUCAUGAAGUAUAAAGAUGGAAUCAGCAUGUAACAUAAGCAGUUUAAUCUAAAAUUUUUAAUUCUCUUUACUUUUCAUCAAUUUAGAUCUUAUGCUUACGUAAAUUGAAGCUGAAAUAGAAAUAUCGGAUUCAGUAAAUGAAAACCCACUGAGAUUGCACGUCAUAGCCAUUGGAAGAAAGAAAUUAUAAGUCACACAAUGUGUUACUGCUAUAUCAUUUUCUCGGGGAAAACAUCUGGAAAAACAAAAUGUACAAAAUACUGUCUAUAUCAAAUCUAGGAUUAACCGAAAUCAUAGAAAAUGAGCAUCGGAUAAAUAAAAGAUUCAAAGAUCUGAUCCCGUUCUGCAUUUCAUUUCUUGAUUUUCAAAAUGAAGGACGUUCUUGGGUUGGCGUUCCUGCUGCUGUGUGCGGUACAUAUUCACGGCCUUUCAAUACUCACUGGCGAUAGUGGUCCAAAUGUUACUCAGCUGGAUACAAAUGACAUUGACUCCAAAAAAGGGAUCUCAUUCAAGCAACUUUUGAACCAGGAAACCAUUAUCAGAAUAGGACUCGUGAAAAAUGUAUACGAUUUGAUGAAGGAUAUGAUCACAAUGAAACAAAGCAUUGAAACUGCAAGUCAGAAAACAAACUUAGAAAUAGCAGUCUUACAACGGGAAGUUGAGAAGCUAAAAGAUGAAAACCACAGACUUCACCUUCAAAUCAAUGACGUCAAUAAAACCACUGUGGAUCUCAAGACGGAAGUUAAAGAAUCUCAAGUUGAUCAAAAGAAGCUCUCCUCUACUGUGUCGGAUCUGGAGGUGUUCCGAAUUAAUAUGUCCAUGAACGAAAAUGAUAUAACCAGAAAGGUGGGCUUCACUGUCGGAGUGUCGUCUUAUAACAGCACCUGGAACAGCGGUACGUUAGUGUUUCCACGUGUCGUGUACAAUAUAGGAGGAGGAUACGACCCAAACACCGGAGUCUUCACAGCCCCUGUCGAUGGACACUUCGUCUUCUUUGUCAACGUGCAAUCUUUUUCGUCCAAUUCUAUACAUACAUAUUUAGUACUUAAUGGGACCCCCAAAGUCCAAACUAUGGCUUAUAGUGAUUACACGUCAGGACCAAACCUGGCAGUGUUAAGACUCCAUAAGGGAGACAGAGUGUGGGUUAAACAUUAUGCCGGUACAGGUUAUUUUACACAAGGCGAUGCUCCUAUAACAACUUUCUCAGGGUUCCUCAUAUGAAAUAAAGACAUUUUACAUGAUACUAACGUCUAUAGUGAUUUCUAUAUCAGCAUACGCGAAUCUAGAAAUGGGUCAUGACCCCAGGAAAUAGAGUGUGGGGUCAAUCAUUAUCAUGGUAACGUUUAUCAUACAGAAAUUAAUACCUUAGUCUCCGGAUUUAUCAUAUGCAUUGUUAAUAUUUAGGUAAACUGUUAAUGUUAAGGACUUAUAUCACUGUAUUUGGUCAGGACUAUAUGUAUAUGUAUGUACUUAAAGACAUUAAAUCUUGUCAAACUG